AUGUUAGUCGCAAAUGCGUCGGAAUUACCGGUUGACAAGAAAGGUCGUACUUUUGGAAUUGGUAAUUAUUCGGUUAGUCAAUGCAAUUCUUCUCCAUCCGUCAACACCUCCACGAAUGCGAUGUAUGAGGAGAAGUUGGAGGAACAAGAGACAAAGAUGACUAGUAUGCAGCAAGAACUUGACAUGUGUAAAGAUUGGUUAGGUGCCAAAUUCUCUGAUUUUCCGAGUUCUUUCCCGUCGCAAGCGAGUUUUUCCAACGGACAAUAA